GAACAUGGAGGGAAGCUGUUGGCAAUGGUGGCUUUGGCCAUUGCUGCUGCCAUUCUCCAAGCUCAUGCAGCCAUUCCGGAGAUGAAUAAUUCUCAACAAUUAUCGGUGCAGAUUCAAAAGAAGUUAAAGCUUCUUAAUAAGCCUGCCCUCCACACCAUCUACAGUGAAGAUGGAGAUAUUAUCGACUGUGUUGAUAUUUACAAACAGCCUGCUUUUGACCAUCCGGCUCUAAAGAAUCACACCAUUCAGAUGGAACCCGAUUGGGGCGUUGAUUGGAAGAUGUCGGUUGAGCAAAACGAGCCAUUUCAAGUAUGGCAAAGAAGUGGGAGAUGUCCCGAAGGAACCAUUCCAAUUCGCAGAGUUCGUGAACAAGACUUACUCAGAGUCAAUUCUCUCGAUAGCUUUGGAAAGAAUUUUUUUUAUGGAAGUUCCAAACUCGGGGCAGAAGUCAACCGUUCCACGUCAAUCCUGUAUACGGCAGGCUACAAUUACAUUGGCGCUUCAGGACAGAUUAAUGUUUGGAACCCUAAAGUUGAUUUGCCAAAUGACUUCACGGCUUCAAGAAUUUGGUUGAAAAAUGGGCCGUCUGAAAAUUUUGAAAGCGUUGAAGCUGGCUGGAUGGUAAAUCGGAGGCUAUAUGGAGAUACAAAAACUCGAUUCAGUGUACAUUGGACGGUGGAUUCAUACAAAUCAACGGGGUGCUUUGAUUUAACUUGUAGUGGGUUUGUCCAAACGAACCCCAAAAUAGUACUUGGUGCUGUCAUUGAUCCCAUAUCAACUAGAGGUGGACAACAAUUCAUUAUCUCUGUCGGUAUGUUUCAGGAUCCUCGGUCACGCAAUUGGUGGUUGAAUGUGCAAGGGUGGCCUGUGGGGUAUUGGCCACCGACGCUAUUCGGAUAUCUGCGUCACAGCGCAACACUGGUGGAAUGGGGCGGUGAAGUGUUCAGCUCACAUGUAAAGAAAGUGCCACACACGAGGACGGCCAUGGGGAGUGGAGAUUAUGCAGGGAGGCAUUACCGCCACGCUAGUUAUGUGAUGCUGCCAAGGAUCGUGGACAAUUCGCUACAAUUGAAGUAUCCAGAGAGAGUCGGAACUUGGGCUAAUGAGCCUUUUUGUUACUCUGCUGAUAAUUAUCAACGAACCUACGCUACUGAGCCUGUCUUCUUCUAUGGCGGUCCUGGUCGCAGUCGUGACUGCCAUUAAUAUCAUCUAAGAGAAGGGUUGUAUA